GAGCAGAGAAGAACAUUUAGUCUGAAGAAGAGUGGUAAAAUAACGUCCCUCGGGUAGCAGAAAGAUGAACAAGCGCCUAAAUGCCAGAAAUUUUCCAGAGACCUACUUUGUGGGACAACACUUGAGUGUGUCAGACCUAAAAGAGGUCCCUAAUAUGGAGCAUAGGUACUUGCAUAAGAAAAGCAUUCCAGCUUAUCCUGAAUCAGUGGAAUUCCACAUACAGAAAGUGUCCCAUGCCACUGGAGAAAGUGGUCUCAGGGGGAUUUUGGAAGAUUCAGGGUUCAGACAGCCACCGGACAUGGUCGCUAGUGAUCAGUCCCAUUUCCUCUGGUGGGAUUUAUCAAUCACAUCUGAUGACAUAUCCACAGCUGAAAAACAUUUCCUGACAUCCUUAUUCCCUCAUCGAAGUGUUGCCCAAAUUCACAACCAGUUGCCUGUCCUUAAGCAUUUCACCACCUCAAAGGCCUUCCAGCAAGAAUCUUCCUAUGGAAACUUCAGUUUCACCUUUUCACUUAAAGAGCUUCUCUGGCACUAUGGCGACCAGUUCUGUGAUGGCCACAGUCCAGCUCUGAGUGUUUAUGAGACUGUGCUCUACCGACGAGAGAUUCUCUAUACAAUUGUGGUGCACCCUCGUGACAUUCAACUUUAUGACCAUUGCCCUCCACUUCCCAAAGACCGUAAGGGUGUGUGUGGAUACCGUGAUGGGGCCAUAUGGUGGCAUUGUCAGGCCCCCUCCGAAACCUACAGGCAUAAGUUGGAGUUGAACAGGUUGGAUUGUAAUGUUAGUGUCAACCCCUACAGAGAAGAAUUCUAUGUGUGGGAUCAUGUGAGUUUAGCCUUUCAUAUGGAGCCAGGCUGGGUUCUGCGUUUGGACCAGCACAAGCUGUUAAGAAGUUUGAGUGUGUGCAAAGUGGCUCAACCUUGUCUCCUGAGACCACCGGAGACCCCACUGAGUUUACAUGAGGCCAAGACUAUACUCCGUGAUCUGAAGGCCAGUAUGGGCUAGGCUGGGGCUUGAAGUUACGAACACCACAGGCCACACAGAUAUUAAAUUCACACAGAAUAAUGAUGUCCCUCAUUUUAGUUAAACCAUUUAUAACACCCCUUAUUUUCAUUUAGACUGCUCCAGUACACAGUUAAGUACACAAGAAAAGUUUGUGAAACCCAUGUUGUGAAUGUAUUUCUGUUGCAUGAAAGGCAUCCAGUGGCAUGUUGUAUUAUAAUAAGUCAUAAUAAAAAUAAAAAGUAUUACCACUGUGACUGCAGAUCCAAUCACUGCAGCACAUUUGAAUGUAAUUGUAUCUACUUUUUACUUAAUUUUUGUCUUUGUACUUAUCUCUUAAAGUGAAGAACAGAUUACAUGUUAGUUCAUUUAAUAGCAUUAUGUUUUUCCCAUGUGUAAUCUGCCACAAAAUAGAUCUUGUGAUAGUUCAUUAAUUUGAACAAAAAGCUAUGUGACCUUUGUUCAUACUUGUAGUACUGCCCAUAAAAGAGGUCUUUAUUUUAUUAUUUUGUUCCAUAGUGAUUGUAAUGCCACUGACCUAUUCAUAUUUUACAAGCAACAUUUCUUAAUAUUAUCUAAGAAUAAUAUAGUCAUAUUUUGUUUGUCAAUUUACUUUACAUUUGCAUUUUAUGGUCCGUUAUGUUUAAAAGCAAUAAUUAUUUCUAAAGUGCCUGUAUUCAAACUUUAAGCAUGU